AUGCCGGCCAGGACGCUGCCUACAUUUACUCGCGCAGAGGUCGAGGCGCACAGCUCUGCCUCCUCGUGCUAUGUUACCAUUGGAUCCAAGGUCUACGAUGUGACAGACUUUGUCGACGACCACCCUGGUGGCGGCAGCUUGAUCAUUGACUAUGCUGGCAAGGAUGUCGAGGAGAUACUGAAGGACCCCACGUCGCACCCUCACUCCGAGGCUGCGUACGAGGUGCUUGACGACUCACUCGUCGGCUUUGUCGUCAACGAGAAGUCGCCCGCCACGAAUGGCUCUGCCAAACCUGCCAACGGGACCGCAACCUCAAAAGAUGCCAAUUACGUCCACCCGCGAACCGGCAUGUCGUGCGAGGAAGACCUUAGCAAGGACACCGACUACACCCAUGAUUUCAAGAAGCACAAGUUUUUGGACCUAAGCAGGCCUCUGUUCCUGCAGGUUUGGAACGGCGGCUUCAGCAAAGCCUUCUAUUUGGACCAAGUUCAUCGCCCUCGUCACUACAAGGGUGGCGAAUCAGCGCCUCUCUUCGGCAACUUCCUAGAGCCGCUCACCAAGACCCCCUGGUGGAUUGUCCCGUCGCUGUGGCUGCCCUUUGUCGCAUACGGUACUUAUAUCGCUAGCCAGGGGCUUCAUAAUCCAUUUGUCCUGGGUGGCUACUGGGUAUUCGGUGUCUUUUUCUGGACCUUUGUAGAAUACUGUCUACACCGAUUCCUAUUCCACUUGGAUGACUACCUCCCGGACAACCGCGUUUUCAUCACAUUGCACUUUUUGCUCCAUGGAAUCCAUCACUAUCUCCCAAUGGACAAGUAUCGAUUGGUUAUGCCUCCUGCUCUGUUUGUCAUCCUGGCCUCUCCAUUCUGGAAGCUGGCCCACGCCAUCUUCUUCUACAAUUGGCAUGCGGGCACUGCUGUUUACUGUGGCGGCAUUUUUGGCUACAUCUGCUACGACCUAACACACUACUUCCUGCAUCACACGAACCUGCCCCUGUGGUACAAGCAGCUAAAGAAGUACCAUCUUGCCCAUCACUUUCUCGACUAUGAACUGGGCUUUGGCGUCACCAGCAAGUUCUGGGAUCAAAUUUUUGGCACGGAGCUACAAACCUCCAUCAAGACCAAGUAA